AUGGAGCCUCGCUCACCUACUACUGGUUCAUUAUCUCAGAAUUCUCAACAGCCUCUCCGAAAACGAAGACACCAAAAGCCCCGAGUGUUAUUGUCCUGCACCACCUGCAGAAAAGAUAAGCUGAAGUGUGAUCGGAGAAAGCCCUGCGCAACGUGCGUGAAACGACAUCGGGAAGCAUCUUGCACCUACGGCCGUGAAAGGCCAGCUCCAGCAAAUGUGGCAGGAGGUUCGAUAUUUGACGAUCGCCUACGUGUUAACGACCGUUUGCGUUCAUUUGACGGAAGACUUCGGCAUUUGGAAGAUAAGAUAUCCACGAGAAACCCAUCUUGGCCCGAACUUCGAGAUGCCCAGUUGCCUUGCCCUACAACACGCCGCAGUGGCUCUGAUACAAUUUCAUGUCGAGUAGUCUCAAAUCUUUCGCCUGAUUCGACCUUUCUAUAUGAUUUAUCGCGGCCGAUAAAUGACGAUACGCUAUUCACAAAUACAACCCAUUGGCUGGCCAUCAUGAAUGACGCUACUGCCGAGCUCGGGAGAUGUAACAUCAAUUUUGGGCAUGGCAUCGGAAAUAAGCAACAAAGGAAUUGCCAAGGCCCAGCGCUACUCACAGGCUUUUUCAAAGACACGAUAUUUAUGGAGCAGCUCGGAAAAUUACCACCACGAGAAGCAGCCGAUACGCUUGUGUACCGUUGUCUGAAUUCUGUGGAACCGUUCUUGAUUACUAUACACGCCCCAACUUUCAAACAAGAGUAUUUGGAAUUCUGGCAAAAUCCAGAAAGCUUUCCUCCAGCCUGGCUCUCGCUGCUUUAUGGAAUUUUAUGCUGUAGUAUUUGGAUGGACCAUACCACUGACUCUAAUGUUGCAGGCUUGAGCCUACCCAGUGAUUUUGAGUUUUAUCGUAUUCAGAGCGCAGCCUUCUUAGCGAAAUACGAUAUGGCGAUUCCUGGAAAAUACAAGGUUGAAGCGGCUGUUGUUUAUUUGGGGAUGGAAUAUGUGCGGACCGAUAACUUGAAGACUGAUGUGUCUGUUUUGCUGGGGCUAGUGUCGCGACUCGCCAUUGUGAGUGGAUAUCAUCGUGACACUCAGAUCUACAACCAAAUAACAACCUUCGAAGCCGAAAUGCGGCGAAGAGCAUGGCUCACACUUUUGGUGACAGAUUGUGUUGUAGCAUAUGAGACCGGGCUGCCUCGAGCGGUGCCCAGUGGAUUAGGAGACGCGAAACGCCCUCGCAAUUUGCUGGACGAAGACUUUGAUCCCUUCACUCUGGACCUGCCGCCAGCUCGAAUCGCUACGGGAGCUUGUAACAGAAUGGUGUAUAUGGAAAAGAUGGAUGCGAUAUUGUCUAUGGCUGCCGAUAUUGCAGAUUCAGCACCUGGCCUCACAUCUCAGCCUGAGAAAGUUGCCAAGCUAUGCGAACAAUUGAAUGCUAUCAGAGAUAGUAUUCCUACGGUCCUUCGCAUUGCAUCAACUGGAUCAUCUAUUACAGAUGAAAAAAUGGCUAUUUGGAGAUCCAAUUUAGAGAUGACAUACCAGCGUACUUGCUGUGUCUUACAUCGACCGUUCCUCACACAGGAACCAAUGGACUACCAAACGCAGUCUUUUCGAGAGACGUGCGUUUCUGCAGCACAAAGAAUACUGGAACUAGAAAACGAAAUUUUCCAGGUCUAUUCGCGUAAAACUUCAAAUAGGCAUAGGAUUUGGUUCGGGGCCUCUCGUUGCGUUUCCGAUGGGCUGACGGCAGCAAUGGUAAUAUGCCUAGAGCUCGUGUAUCGGAGGGAAGGAAAGGGGCCAAUGAAUCCUGUGGCCUCUGAUCAGCUAAUUCAGCUAUUGAAAAGCUUAUACAUGAGCUGGAAAUCCGCUCCAAGAAUUUCUUUUGAGUUUGACGAAGCCACCAAAAUUCUUGCUGUUAUGCUGCGUCGACUCGGAAUUUGUAGUCAAGGUCGAAAUACAGAUGAAGCUGGCUCAUCUAGGCAAGUGGAGUGCUGCAGCUCAGACCUAAUACCUCAAGAGACUUGUCCUAUACACGGCGUGGAAGAUGAGGAUUUAGUAUCUUCACAAAACGCAAUUUAUGAGCUACUAAGCAUUGAUACGAUGGAAGAUAUAUUUGAUUGGGUAAGAAUUAUUCCACAUCCCAAGCUUUAA